AUGGAUGAUCUGAGUGGUGAUGAAUACGUGGAUGAUGAAGACAGUGAAAAAGAAACCCCACAAUGUAGGGGUUUGUCAGAUGAUGAUUGGGAGUCUGAUAAGCUUUUAACUCCUGAAAAUAGUGCAAGUGAGGAGGAUGACAAUGAUGAUACAAUAGAUGUAGGUUCUUUCUCAAAGUAUGCAAAGCAGAAGUCCAUGGCAGAUUACAAGUGGGAAGUGGGCACUAUUUUUACUAACAAGGAAGAGUUUAAGGAUGCUAUUAGAAGGUAUGUUGUUCAUGCUGGGAGGGAUCUAAAAUUUAUCAAAAAUGAUAAUCGUAGGGUGAGGGUGACAUGCAUGGGUGGCCAAGGUAAGUGCCCAUGGCUAGCUUAUUGUGGUUAUUUGCCGUCACGAAAAAUUUGGCAAUUGAGGAAGAUAAUUGAUACUCAUAGUUGUAGUAGACAACUUAAUAUUAAACUGAUGAAUGCUAAGUGGUUAAGUAAGGAAAUAGAUAGAUCUAUAGUUGAGAAUCCUAGUUUAAAGGUCAAUGAUAUUCGUUCUAAAGCAUUAAGAAAAUGGAAUACAAAUGUUUCAAUAUCCAAGGCAAGAAGGGCAAAGUUAAUUGCCACAACACAGGUUGAAGGAGAUUUCAUAGAACAAUAUAAAAGGGUGUACGACUAUGGACAUGAGCUGUUGAGGUGUAAUCCAGGGUCAACAGUGCAAAUUAAAGUUGACUCUCAUAAUGGUGUUUACAAGGGGGAGCUGCUGACUGCUGUUGGUAGGGACCCAAACGACCAAAUGGUACCCCUUGCCUAUGCAGUAGUAGAAGUGGAGAACAAAGACAGCUGGACAUGGUUUUUGCAAUUAUUAAUUGAAGACCUCGGGGGCAGUCAAGGGUUAGUCUUAGCUAUCCAAGAGCUUUUGCCUCGGGCAGAACAAAGAUACUGUGUAAGGCACCUCUAUGCAAACUUUAGGAAAAGGUUUGGUGGGCAGGUAUUAAAAAAUCUGAUGUGGAGUGCUGCAACCACCACAUAUCCCCAGGCUUGGGAGAGAGAAAUGCUGAAAAUUAAAGAAGUCAAUGUUGAAGCAUAUAAAUACCUCAUAGCCAUUCCCCCAAGUUAUCACAACAUCACUGAAGCUUUCAACAGUGUCCUCAUUCAUGCAAGAGGAAAACCAAUUAUCACAAUGAUGGAGGAUAUCAAAGUGUAUCUCAUGAAAAGGUGGGCCACAAACAGAAGCAAGGUGGCAUCUAUGGACUUCACAAUAUGCCCAAAGAUAAAGAAGAGGCUUCAGAAAGAAUCUGGGUUGCACGAAAGAUUUUUUAGGUUAGGCACACUUCAUCUGUUGGGAACAAGUUCACAGUGGAUCUGGACACUAAAGACUGUAGCUGCAGAAAGUGGAUGA